AUGUUAGUCUCUGGAAAAGCGAAUAGAAUCGUAUCUACGUAUCUGCACAGUGUUCUUUUUCCAGGUGACUCCUUCGUCAAUGAAUGUGUCAGAGGCAACCUUGGAAACAGCCAUAUUGAGACCAUACCCUGGCCUGUUCUGGCCUGUCCUGCCCUACCUCCAAGGCACAUCUCGCGUGAAAAUGGAGAAAUACCCAAGGAUCAUUGGGGGAAACCACAUGGAAAAAAUGGUGGAGUAGAUCCGCAGCAGGAUGAUGUCCCGUUUAGCGAUCCCUCUUAUCAAACCGGCACAUCUAACCAAGUUUUGCGGCUUUCGGGAACCUCAGGGAUGUCAGGAUCUGCCCAGGGAAGUGGGCUGCUCCACACCCACAUCCUUCCCCUGGAACAGGAAAGAGAUAUUGACGACGGUGUUAGCUUGAUUAAAAUCCGUGCUCGAAGGAUGACAUUCCUUUCGUCUUGCAAAUUUAGCGUCCGCGGGAGAAGGGAGAUGGUGAAUGUUCGGAAUGUGCUGCCAAUAAUCGACGAUCAAUCAUGGGGGAUGGAUUGUCACAGUGCGUCCAGGUCGAGAGUUGCAUCUCGAGAAGGUAACCUUAGAGCUUCAAAGGUGAGGUCGACGUUGAUUGCAUUAGCUAAAUGGUGGGGAACUUAUCGAUAUCGAUCCAGGCGACGCGGACGGGGGAGGAUCUGCAGAAAGCCUCCGCUGAAACCGGCUGCAUAG